AUGGAUCUCACCAAUGCUGGACCUCAGGGACGGCUUCUUGUGAAGAGGCCUGUCCUCCACAGAAGGCUCCUUUAUGAACAGGGCAUCAGCCUCAGGGCCUCCUUCCUCUUCUUCUCAGUCUUCAGUGUCUGGCAUGUUGGGCGCACUUUCCUCCUUCUGCCCCGGGGGCACAUCCCCUACGCGCUGCCCACCAGCUACUGCUAUGGCCUGUGCUCUGGGAAGGACAGCAGGGAGGAGGAGCAGAAGACAGUGGAGUCCAAAGAGCUGGAGGGACAGUCGGAGUUCGUUUCACCAAAGGAAGAGAUCCCAGAUGCAGGGCACCAGCAGGAACUCUGCUCUUUCUGGAGCUACGCUUUCUCUCGGCGCGUUGCCUGGCACAUAAUGUGGCUGUCUAUGAUACAAUUGUGGCAUUACCUCUUCAUUGGCACCCUCAACUCUCUACUCACCCCCUUGGCCAAGGGAGACAGGGCACUAGUCAGUAUCUACACAAAUGCCUUUGCCAUCACUCAGUUCUUUGGAGUGCUCUGUGCCCCCUGGAAUGGCCUGCUCAUGGACCAGCUUAAACAGAGGUACCAGAAGAAAGGGAGCAAGACAGGUUUCUCAGCCUCGGCGGUGGCCCUUUGCUCCACGGUUCCUUCUCUGGCGCUGACGUCUCUGCUGUGCCUGGGCUUCGCCCUCUGUGCCUCAGUCCCUGUCCUCCUCCACCAGUACGUCACCUACAUCCUGCAAGUGAUCAGCCGCUCCUUCCUCUAUGGAGGCAAUGCUGCCUUCCUGACCCUUGUUUUCCCUCCGGAACACUUUGGGAAGAUCUUUGGGCUAGUGAUGGCCUUGUCAGCCAUUGUGUCUCUGCUCCAGUUCCCCAUCUUCACCUUCAUCAAGGGCCCCCUCCAGAAUGACCCGUUCUACGUGAACGUGAUGCUGGCGCUCAUCACUCUUCUGACAUUCAUCCACCCCUUCCUGGUGUACCGAGAGUGCCAGGGGAAAGAAGGCCCCCUUGCAAUCGCUUAUUUCGGAAGCCCUCCCUUUUAG